AUGAUGACCGCCCUCCGAUCCAUUGCAGCAUUGAUGCUCCUUAGUGUUGCAUCUGUGUCUUCGGAUUCCGUGUGUGUCGUCCUCAGUGUGGAGGAGUUCAAUCCUUUGUUGGAAUCUGCGGUGACCAACUGCACAGAUAGCACGUGCAGUGUUGACUUUGCCGAGUUCCCUGCGUCCAAGCAGUUGGAAUCAGACUGCAGCAAUUUGACGGAUGCCACGUUCGUGCAACAGUCGGAGUCUACUACUUGCGCUGGCAAGACGGUUGAGGCUAAGAAUAUUCCGUACUGCCAGACAAAGGAGUGUGAUGGCGAUGCUUUGAAGAAAGCUCAAGAGGACGUUGUGGAGAGUGUGAAUAAGGUGUACUCAGAUAUUGGUCUUGAUUGCAGUGUCACGAUUGAGACUGCCGGUUCCCUUUCCCAUGGUGUUACAAUGGUUCUCAUGGCAGUGAUGGGGCUUGCCGUGUUCUUUGGUUAG